AUGGCAUCAAGAUUUUCGGCUGCGCGGCCUAGUCGAGAGGGCGAGGUCUACGCCCGUGCACAGCACAACGAUUCGAAUACCGACUCGACGAAUCUACAGUUCGAUGUGCGCAACCCGUCCAAUCUCGCGCCGCAAGCUCGCGAGGAUGACGCGAUACUGGAAGCCGACGUGAUUGGCGGCGGCAGAGCGACGAAGCGCGGUGCGGUGAACGUGGAUGGGUACGACAGCGACUCGGACAAUGACACCUUCAACGAUAAGGCGCAAAAGAGGAAAAAAGGCGACGUCAACAUCGGCAAUGCCUUUGGGAACUACGAUGCGGCUGGCACAGGGCCAGAAGGACAAAGGGACACGGCAGCCAACGAGGAGGACGACGACAUGUUUGCGCCCGACGACGACGCAGCUGCUGGUGCCGACACGGAUGAUGUUGGUCCAGCAGACGUUGAUGCCGCCGGCAUCAAGCCAAAGCACGUCAAGUUUCUCGAUGCCGACAAGAUCGAGGGCCAAGUGAGCUCGGCACACCUCGAUCAUCAAGAUAGCAGCGACGACGAGGAAGAUGUUGCGCUCGCCGUCCAGGAGGAGGGCAUUGACGAGGAAGUUGGCGCAGGAGGGCUGAAACGCAACGCGCCGAAGCUCGAAGGCUUCAAUCUACGGGAUGAGUUGGAGGAGGGUAAAUUUGAUGAACAGGGAAAUUACGUUCGCCAAGCCGGCGACCCCGAUGCCGUUCAUGACAACUGGCUGGAAGGAACAAGCAAGAAGGCCAUCCGCAAAGCUGCUGAAGCCCACCAGAAACGGGAGGCCGAGGCACGGCAGCAACGGCUGGACGAGGACAAUGUCUCCGUGUCUGAUCUGCUGAAAAGCCUGAUAUUGCAGCUCGACAAGGCAGAGACUCCGUUGGAGGCCCUUGCACGCCUAGGGAAGAGUCAAAAGCCGAAGAAGAAGAUUCCCAGCUGGAAACUCAAGAAGAUGAAGAAAGAUACCAUGGACGUUGAUCAGGAGGCCGAGGACUCUGAGCAGGCCAAGAUCAAGGAGUCAAUACGUAUGAUCACAGACGCAUCAGACAAGCUCUUAAGUCGCGACCACGAGGAAAUUUACGAUCAAGAGCGUGAGGUUCUUGUGCGAGAAUGGAGUCGGGAAACUGGAGAAGACUGGGUCGAGCCUCGAGCGGCGGAUACUGCUGAGACUGCUGCCGACCCAAAUCGAAAGUGGCUGUUUAGAUGGGUUGACGGGCGCGAUGACGGGGCGACACAGGGCCCUUUUGAUGGCAGUGCCAUGAAGGCCUGGCAGGAUGCUGGAUAUUUUGGCGAGGGCGUCGAAUUUCGCGCCGAUGAAGAGGGGGCGUCAUGGACUCGUGUUUCUCCCUUUGCCGCCUGA